AUUCUGACUCCUUUAUUUUCCUUUCCUUGCAGGCAGCUCCUCUUCCUCCUCCUCCUCCUCCUCCUCGACGGGGUCCCGCGUGCCCAUGUUCGUGGCCACCAUCCCCAACGUGACGGUGACGGAAGGACGCGACGCCUCCCUCCCCUGCAUCGUGAAGGACAUCGGAGACUACCAGGUGACGUGGAUGCACCUCAACCGCCAGAUGCUGCUCACCAUCGACCAACGCACCAUCACACUUAUCCCGAGGUUCAGCGUAACCCGGGACGACCCCACCACCUGGACCCUCCACAUCCAGGACGUUGAGCCCACGGACACCGGCUACUAUGUGUGUCAGGUGAACAUGAUACCUGUCAUCAACCAGGUCGGCUACGUGCAGGUGGUCGUGCCACCUCAGUUCGUGGACGAGGAGAGCAGUCAGUCCCACGUGUCGGUGCAAGAAAGCCACGACGUGAGGCUUGUGUGCCGUGCCCGGGGUGUCCCUAAGCCUGUUAUCCGCUGGACACGUGAGGAUGGCCUGUUCUUCACGGCCGGCAGAAGCGGACAAGGUGUGCAGCAGGUGGAAUCGGAGGAGCUGGUGCUGAAGAGCGUCACCAGGAAGGACAUGGGUGCCUACCUGUGCAUCGCCACUAACAAGGUGCCGCCCUCCAUCAGCAAGAGAAUAGUGCUCGACGUGCAUUUCCACCCCGUGAUCACUGUGCCCAACCAGCUGGUCGGCGCCCCCAUCGACACCUCGGUCACCUUGGAGUGUCAGGUGGCAGCCUUCCCCAACGCUGUCCACUUCUGGCGAUUUAACGACCAACUGCUGAUCAACUCCUCCCGACAGGAGACUCAGGAGAUCCGGAAGGGCUACACCACCACCAUGAAACUUUCCCUCAGGAACCUCAAGCCCAAGGAUUUUGGCACCUACGUCUGUGCUGCAAAAAAUUCCCUCGGGGAGACUGAAAGCAACGUUCGUCUGUACGAAAUUGAGGUAAAUCGUAGAACUGAGGAGAAGCAAGAGCAACCUGGCAACAGCAACUCAGUAAUUAGGCCGGAGAGACCCAACACUGACCGUAUGAUGGACAUAUGGAGCAAACCUGGUGACUUCAGGGCAGGUCUGGAUUCUGACUCACCAAGCUACACUUUGGAGGACGACACUAGCCUGGAGAGAGGCGGUGACUUUGCCGGAGGUCUAGACGGCAGCGGCGGCUCCCUUGGUAGGACAGGCUUUGGUCCCGCCUCCUCCAGCAGCUGCAACUUCCGAUGCCGUGGCGAAAUGUGGUGCAGUGUUUGGGCCGCAUGUGCUCUGGUCACAGCCUGGCUCCAGGGCCACCGCCAGCCGCAGCCGUGCAUCGUGUUUGGAUUCUUGGUGGUGGCCGCGGCGGUGGCAGUAUCGACCCCAGCUCUCGAUCUGCGGCCAGUCCUGGCCCACACCUGACAGCCAAUACGAAGAUGAAACUCUUCACAGUGAAUCACAUUACCUGUGAAGGACAUUCUCCCAUAUUCGUCUUGUCGGUGGCGCUCUUUCAUGUAUUCUACAAAAUACUGCUCUCAGGGGGGUGGGGGAAGUCGCUCGUGCAGGAAAGGUUCUCUUCGAAGACACCUUAUGUGUUGAAUGUGACCGACUGUGGUCAGAUGGCGGAACAAAAAAUGAGGGAUCACUUUGUGCCCGAAAUGAGAACCUCUUGUUGUGUGAAUAUAAAUGUGUGCUGGGAAAAUCUUAAAAAAUGUGGGUGAUGAUCCGAUGCCGUGCUGAACCCGCCAUACUGAAGCGGUGCGCUGCGCCAUGUAUUUACAAAUAUAGUAAUGUUCUUUAAAGGUUGCGUCAAUGCUGUACAUGCUUUCAUGUGGUACAUUCGUGUUCAUCUAUGACUAAGCCAUGAAUGUGGCGUGCCAUGUUUACAAUAACUAGCAGUUAAUACAAGUGGAGAAACGGUCGACGAUUUAACAUAGUGCCGUAAAACUGCCCAGAGUUGGACAACAAGUUCUUCCCGCAGCAUAACGCGUCGUUGUACUUUGCAAGGCAGUACCUCUUUAGAAACUGAGAAUCCCUCAGCAAAACAAUUAUACUUUUCUUAAAUUUGAUUACCUUACAGCUUUAACGUUUCUUUUCGUUGAUUUAUUAUGACAAAAAAGCUUCAUAUUAGUUUUCUUUUCUUUUCCUGUUUUUCGUUAGUCUAAAGUUUCAAGCCCAGAAAUCGAUGCGCCACCAUCUGGCGGCAUCAUUUCUGCCGAGAAACUGAAGUACACAGGAACAUACAUGAAGCACGCUGGUGGUGGCCUGCUGUCUCUCCUGGCUUGCCGGCCGUCGUGCUGACCAUCACUCCUUCAACACAUUCUGAUCGAAAACUACACCUCUAUGAAAACAUGAAGUUACUGAAUGGCACCACCAACAGCGUCUCACCACCACUUCUCCACCAGCUCCUCCCAGCAGGUGUGGUGGUGCAGUCUCCCCAUCACGGCCACCACAACCUCCAUCACAUGACGCCCAGAUACUGCUGCUGCUGCUGCUGCUUUCCUCCUGUCACUCGGGAAUUUUCUCUCUGUCCUCGGUUUGUUCUCGGUUUAUUUCACCCAUUAAGUCACACACAUCAAUGUUUGGAGUGUACAUAUAUAAAUGCACUUUGUUCGUUAUACCAGUGUACUUGUUCUUCACGCAGCAUUAUAUAAGCUUGAUUUCCCCGUGCGUUCAUGUAGCCCAGUCUUGCACGACUAUGGUCUGCCCGGGUAAGAGAUCCAGAGGUGCGAGCAGCAUAAGGGUGACUCAGAAAGAUCCAGGUCUGGAGAUUUGGAUGCGGAGAAAAUUAACAGGAUCUCCUUUUAUUGAACACGAGUGUUCUUGAUCCUUUGGUGAAUCUCUCUCUCUCUCUCUCUCUCUCUCUCUCUCUCUCUCUCUCUCUCUCUCUCUCUCUCUCUCUCUCUCUCUCUCUCUCUCUCUCUCUCUC